AUGUCCGGUGAGAGAAACCGCAGGUCGCUGGCUUUCCGAGGCGGUGGAUUAGCUGGGUUAACGGGUUCCAGCGGUAUCGUUGGGGGGAACUGCAACAGCUGGGAGGCCCCGGCCUGUCAAGACCGACAUUUUAACGGGAACAGGCCAGAUCAAGAGGAGGACGGGGAUCUGGGAGCUAAAGGAUCAUCGCAGAAGAGAGUGGAGAGCGCUGGGUCUGUCAGCGAUAGCACGGAACCCGAGGCGGAGGAAGAAGAGGACCCGGAAGAGGGCAGCUUGGCAGCUGGCGACGAUGGUGUCGGCUCGGUGGAAGAGGAGGACGGGUCCAAGGAGGGGAACAGCUUGACAGAGGGGAACGGUCCCAUUAACGCUGUCGGACGGGAAACGGGAAGCGGUUCGACUGGGGGCGAGACUGGGUCCAGGAAAUCUGGAGUAGUGAUGAGACCGCAGACGUUGCUUCAGAAACACUCAUUAUUCCAUGCUUCGUGGUUGCAAGAAUUUCCAUGGCUAAAAUUUUGCCAGGAGACGGGACUUAUGUCCUGUUCUUGGUGUCACAACAUUGCCACUAAAAACAGUGACGAGCUUGUCAAAGGCAGUCGCAGCUACAAACGGGCCUUACUGCUGAGACAUCACCUGUCUUCUGAGCACGGGAGAAAUGACCCCACCAAGCAGGAGACAAUGAGGCCCUCAGAAAACACCAGCCCCUCCACUAACUGCUCAGAGGAAGACUACCGCAACAAGCCCAACGAGAACUCCUACUGUUACCAGCUUCUCCAGGAGCUGGACAAGCAACGCAAAAGUGGCAUCCUCUGUGACGUCAACAUAGUCGUCUCGGGCCAGGUGUUUCGUGCACACAAGAACAUCCUGGUGGCGGGCAGCCGCUAUUUCAAAACCCUCUACUGUCUGAGCAAGAGCGAGGACCAGGACCAGGCCACGGUCACACACCUGGAUGUUGCUGCUGUGCAGGGUGUCUCUGUUAUCCUCGACUUUCUCUACUCUGGGAAUCUGCUGCUCACAAGCCAAAACGCCAUUGAGGUGAUGUCUGUCGCUAGUUACCUGCAGAUGACAGAGGUUGUACAUUCAUGUAGAGCUUUUAUAAAGGAUGCCCUGAAUAUCAGCAUCAAGCAGGAGGCUCCGGAUUCAGUGGUGGUGGACUACAACAAGAGGCAGACGUUGUCCAAAGAAGGGCCUAGGGGGCUGGACCGCAAGCCGAGCAACUUCUGGGCCACGAGCAUCCUGUCAAAGCUGUCCAUCAAGGCCAGCAACAAUCAAGGAAAGGAAGCAGUGGAGGAAGAAGACGAAGGUGCCAGGGUGAAGGAGGAGACCAGCGAUAUAGAGGUGACAGUGGUUGGGGGUGCGGGCUGUGCCCUGGUGACCCAAGGAGCCUCUGGUAACUGGACCCACCACAACGACAACUCGUCUGAUUCAGCAGAGACCAAUGAAAAACGGUCGGCGAGUGGCCAGGUGCAGGUAUUCGUCUGGAACGAGCCAGCCACAGGUGGCGCUGCAGCCGCACCUGCAGCAAUAAAGCAAGAAGCACGGGAUGCUGCGGCAGGAAGCGGCCGGAGGAAAAAACAGACCACCACACGGCGUUUUGUGUACAACUUUCCACCAGAGCCUGAAGAGGGAUUUGACGAGGGGAUGUUCAUCCAGCCCUCGGCCUCCUACCCCAGAGAUGACUUCUCCUCCCUCUCCGAAAAUGCCGAGCUGGCCAAUCAGAUCCAGUAUAGCAUCAUCCAGGACUUACAACAAGGGGAGUCCUGGGAGAAUGGCGAGUCCUCACACCUAGCCCUCAAUAAGCUCAAGUGCCCCCACUGUAACUACAUCGCCAAGCACCGGCGCACGCUCAAGAGGCACCUGAUCAUCCACUCGGGCGUACGCUCCUUCAGCUGCGACAUCUGUGGCAAGCUGUUCACGCGUCGCGAGCACGUAAAGAGACAUUCCCUGGUGCACAAGAAGGACAAAAAGUAUAAGUGCAUGGUAUGCAAGAAGAUCUUCAUGCUUGCAGCCAGCGUUGGUAUCCGUCACGGCUCGCGGCGCUACGGUGUGUGUGCGGACUGCGCUGACUCUCACCAGGCCACUCAGGAGGGCCUGGAGGCCAUGGAGGGCAUGGAGUUUCCCCGCGAUGAAGAUUUCGAAGGCGAAGAAGGGGAGGACCUGGAGGGGGAGGAGCCUAACGACAACGACCAAUCAAAUUGGGGUGAGGGCAACACUGGUGCUGCCCCGGAAGAGGACUAAGAAUUCCAACAAGCUUGAGAAACAAAACAAAAAAAGUUGAUGUUUAAUAUAUAUGUAUACAAAAACUAGCUGGUAAACAAUCAACUCCAAAGUGCUAUCAAACCUUGAGGUUACUUAAUUGUGCAAGUAUAUGACAAAGAGGUGGAUUAAAAGAAAAAAGCUUUCGUAGAGUGGAAACUCCAAGAUGUACAGAUUUUAUAAUUGUUAAAAUGUGUCCAACUCUGGGCCCAGAGCCCACAAGAGAAAGAUUCUAUCGACGAAUAAUAUGAAAAAUCAGGUUUUUGGUGAUGUAUUUUUAUUUCCUGUUUUUCGGGGGAGAGUUGGGCAGGGUGAUGAUAUAGUAGAGUUGGGGUAGGCCAAUCAACUAAAAAAGCGAAAUGUUAAUUAUUUAAUUUAUGAAGAGAGGUUAUUAUGGUCUUAUCAAUAAUUUUUUUUAAUUUCUGUUUUUGUCUGCAAGCAGAGGCACAGUAAUGGCUGUUGCUUUCUGCACAAUCUGAAAGUAUGUUGCUUGGUGCUUGUAGAAGUACACAGAAGAAGAGCAUUAUUGUCCACAAGAAGAUUUUUAACUUGCUCUGUAGAUCUUGUUUAGAUGCGCUAAAUAUCUUAUAUUAUUCUUUUCAAAUUUUAUUCUUUCCCUGCACAAAUCUUGGAACCAAAAAAUCUGUUUUGUGACUCUAAUGUAUCACAGCCAUAUUUAUGAUUAAUUUAAGAGGGCUGUGGUAUUGUGCCAAACAGACCGCACACCAAGAUUUAGCAGGAAGCAAAAACUACUGAAUACGCUUAAAAAAAAAAAA